GUCCUCCCAAGCGUCUAGAAAGGCUCAAUGCCUCGCCCUCCAUGCUGUAUUUCCGCCUCCGCUCCGGCCAUGCUGUGUUGUUUAAGGGCGGCUGUUGGUGUCUCUGUGGGAGCCGGGGUGGGGUGUGUGCGAGGUCGGGUCUCUAUGGCGAAAAGCAAGUUCGAAUAUGUGAGGGAUUUUGAGACGGACGACACUUGUCUGCCCAACUGCUGGAUUGUGGUACGGCUGGACGGCCGCAAUUUCCACAGGUUUGCUGAGCAACACGAGUUCAAAAAGCCCAAUGAUGACCGCGCUCUUCAUCUGAUGACCAGAUGUGCCCAGACCGUGAUGCAGGAGUUGGAGGAUAUUGCUAUUGCUUAUGGACAGAGCGAUGAAUACAGCUUUGUUUUCAAAAAGAAGAGUAAAUGGUUUAAAAGAAGAGCGAGUAAGUUCAUGACUCACGUGGUCUCCCAGUUUGCCUCGAGUUACGUUUUCUAUUGGAAGGAUUACUUUAAGGACCAACAACUUCUGUACCCACCUGGAUUUGAUGGACGAAUUGUGCUGUAUCCCAGCAACCAAAACUUAAAGGACUAUCUCAGCUGGAGACAAGCAGAUUGCCAUAUUAAUAACCUUUAUAACACGGUGUUUUGGAUGCUUGUACAGCGGAGUGGUUUGACACCAGUGCAAGCACAGGACAGACUCCAGGGAACUUUGGCUGGAGAUAAGAAUGAAAUUUUAUUUUCUGAGUUCAACAUCAACUACAACAACGAGCCUUUGAUGUAUAGGAAAGGAACUGUCUUAAUAUGGCAGAAGGUGAACGAGGUAAUGACCAAGAAAAUCAAACUGCCAAAGGAAUCAGAGGAAAAGGAAGUCGAAGUGACCCGGACUAGGACUAAAGUUGUUCCCCUGCACUGUGACAUUAUUGGAGAACAGUUUUGGGAGGAAUAUCCCGAGAUUCUGGCUGAGGACAGCUGAUAUCUCUGAUGAGUGUCACUGGUGGUUCGUUUUGCUCUGUUCUGAGUUGUUGGCAGCUGGGAAAGUAUGGAUUGUCAUGGGCAGGUUGUGAAAGGUCUUCAACAUUUACGUUGCUUUUAGCACUGUGAAGUUGCCUGGAAAUGAGACACUGCUACGUUGUCUGACAUACAAAGAUAGAUCCACGUGGAAAGCCUUAAGUCGUACUAUAUCUAAAAUGUUAAGAACUCGUCAUAAGUUGACUGAUGCUUGUACAUACAUACAGGAAGAGUGUAUAGAAAUGUAUUUCUAUAGCAUGUAAAUCACGGGAUGUUUUACUGAACUGAACAACAGAAAAACUUGCAUAUUGAAUAGUUAAAAGCAGAGGAAAACAUCCUUAUAUUUUUCUUUCAGUUCAGAUCAGAAUAAAUAAGUGUUGUUUAGUAUUAAAUUUCAAGGCCCUUGUGACAUUAGUGGGAAAACUCUUCAACUUACUAAUGUCUGAUCCUUGCAGAGCAGAAAUGAAGUACCACACCAGAUCCCUGUGACUGAUUUAAAUGCUUUUAUCAACUGUACAGGAUUUUUAUACUUCUUAAUAUAUUAAAAACCCAGUUAUUCCUUCC